AUGGCUGUGUGCACCAAUGGCUUGUUCAGUUGUGGCCAAAGCACCCAGGAGAGUAGGUGCUGCCCUUCGGGCGCUGUCUGCACGUCUGCGUCCCCCUCAGGAUAUUACUGCGCGAGCUCUGCCAGGGCCCCGUCAGCUUUACCGACAACCGUCAGCAUUAUCAUGUUGCCUACAGCGACGGCGGCGGAAGCGUCAAAUGGGUCUGAUGAUGUUGCACUAAAAGUCGGCCUUGGAGUUGGAAUCCCUGUUGGAAUCAUCGUCAUUGCUGUUCUCGUCGUCGCUUGGCGUAUUCGGAGAGCGAGGAAGCAGCGGGCUGUGAGUUCUGAGGACCAUCAGAAGGCAGAUUAUGAGAAACCGGAACUAGCUGCGAUCCCGGUUGUCAUUCCUGCUGAGCUCGACACCGGCACCCCAGAGCUACCGGCCCAGAUUCUCGAGGCAGAGUUGUCGGAAGAGGGCAUCAUGGCUGAGCUCCCGGUAGAACCAACUUCGCAAACGUCAGCACAUGAGCCCAAAAGCCUCGGGGAGCAUUUGACUGAGAGUGUCGAAGCGGAGAGGCCGAGUUGA